UCGCAGGCUGUCAUGGCGACUCCCAAUAAUGUUACUCCCACCAACUGCAGCUGGUGGCCCAUCUCGGCGCUGGAGAACGACACAGGGAAAUCCACAGAGGGGGAGGAAAACCAGGACCCGACAGACCCUGCUCUCAAAUCCCAGGACAGGCUGGUUUUGUACCACUGGACCCAGUCCUUCAGCUCACAAAAGGUGCGGCUGGUCAUCGCGGAGAAGGGGCUGCCCUGCGAGGAGCGGGACGUCAGCAUGCCCCUGAUGGAGCACAAGGAGCCCUGGUUCAUGCGGCUCAACCUGGGGGAGGAGGUGCCCGUCAUCAUCCACAGGGACAACAUCAUCAGUGACUACAACCAGAUCAUCGACUACAUGGAGAAGAACUUCACGGGAGAAAACGUCACCCAGCUGAUCCCCGAGCCAGGCAGCGUGCUGCACACGCGGGUGCUGCAGUACCGGGAGCUGCUGGACUCGCUGCCCAUGGACGCCUACACCCACGGCUGCAUCCUGCACCCCGAGCUCACCACCGACUCCAUGAUCCCAAAGUACGCGACCGCUGAGAUCCGCAGACAUUUAGCUAACGCCAGCACAGAGCUGAUGAAGCUGGACCAUGAAGAAGAGCCACAGCUAUCAGAGCCCUACCUCUCCAAGCAGAAGAAGCUCAUGGCCAAGAUCCUGGAGCACGACAACGUGAACUACUUGAAGAAGAUCCUUGGGGAGCUGGGGAUGGUGCUAGACCAGCUCGAGGCAGAGCUGGAGAAGAGGAAACUGGAGUACCAAG